GGUCCAUUGGCCCACUUUUCUUUUGCUCCUUUUCCUCUCCUCCUCUCCACUUUUCUUCCAGUAGCACCCCUGCUCCCAAUCCACCAAUAAUGAGGGCAACUUGGAAAGGAAAAGUUGCUUUCAAAUGGCAGUCUCCGGGGAGGUGGUAGGAAAAAGAAAACAGACUUUCCUUUUCCUUUUGUUUGGCCCUAGUUGGGAGGAGAACUGAAGAACAAUGGAAUGAUUGUAUAUAUAAGAGUUUCUGGUUGUUCUUGGCACUACUUGCUGGUGCUCCUCCUCCCUCUCCAGGUACCUCACUGCCGAGGAGCAGCCACCAAGGAUAGGGAGUGGAAACCAUCAAAUGAAUAAGCCAAGCCAGCAAAAAGCCAACUGUUAGCUGUGCUUUAGCUGUGGAAUGCUCUGAAGACCCACCAUAAGCCAUGGAGGGGUCUGUGCUCAGCCCCACAUCCUGGGAAAAGCGGCGGGCAUGGCUGCAAAAGACCCACAACUGGCAGACACAGAUCCUAGAGGAGGAGGCGGCAGCUGCUCUGCAAGAUGUUCCAGACCCUGAGCCCCCCAACUUGGAUGAUGUCUUCUUGGAAGAGUGUCCCACAAAUAAGAUUGAAGACUGGCUACAGGAUUGUGGAUCUUCUGAGGAAGGGUUUCCUGAAGAGCAUGGCCUGUCCAUCCAUGGUGGAUGUCCCAGCCAUGGAGCCAGCUUUGAUGAUGACCUGACCUUGGGAGCAGAAGCAAUUCUGUUAGCAUCCAAUGGCAAACUCCUUUCCAGAAAUUUCCUGGAGACAACAAGGCCAGGGCAUCUACUCAAUCUUGGCUGUAGUAUGGCAUCUAGCAACAUGACCAGUGGGACCAAUAAGACAAGUUCAAGCAUCUCAGAGAUUCUGGACAAAGUCCGGGAGGAUGCAGAGGAUGUCCUCUUCAGUCUAGGCUUUGCCCAAGAUGAUCAUAGAGCUACAGCUCGUAUUCCUGCCCGCUUCUUCACCACCCCCUCCCAAGCAAAGGGCAUUGAUUUCCAGGUCUUCCUGAAAGCUCAGGUGCAAAGGAUAGAGAUGGAGGACCCCUGCUUGAUGCUGGCCAGUCGGUUUAAGCAGGUACAAACCCUGGCCACAACUGCUGAUGCCUUUUUCUGCCUCUACUCCUACGUGUCCAAGACCCCAGUCCAGAAAUUCAUGCCAUCUCAAUUGUUCUGGCCCAGUGCUGCUGAUGCACCACUCAUUAAGAUCCUUUCCCCAGAACCUGAGGCCCAAUCCCCUGUGGAGCGUCUUCGGAGAGCUGUAUCCAAGAUGUGCCUGUAUACAACCCCUCGGGAUGGACCAUCUCCACCCCAUGCUUCAACCAAAAGAAAUAGUCUGGAUCAAGUAGUGUGGGAGGUGAUGGACAGGGCAAGAGAAGAUAAACUUGCUCUCCAGGUAGAGUCAAGUGGAACGGUUGCCCUAGACCUCUCCUCCACAGAAGAGACUCAGUGGGAGAUUACAUCACCUUUUCAAACUGAGGAACUUAUCCCUGAACCUUCCCAUUGCAGAGAUGCAAGGAAGACAGAACUUGAGAACUAUGGAGAUCUGGAAGAAGAAAGAGACACUAAAUGGGAUAACACUUACAUCUCCAACCAGCCCCCUGCAGUAUUCACUCCACAUAUCUGGAAGGCAUCUACUCCACAGCCCUUCCACUGUAGAAACACUGACAUAGCAAAGCCACAGACCAGACGGGAUCUGGAGUGGAGAGCAGAGGCAAAGGAACAGAUGACUUGGGUUACAGAGAGAGAACUGUGGGACCUGAAAGUCAAAGAGGAGACAUGUUUAAGCAAGGAGCAGCAUGCCAAUAGUACCCUGGAGCUUUGCAAGAGUCAGAGUUGUCCUGAAAGGACAAGGGUUCAAGCAAGAAGGCGACUAUUCCAGAGGAACUACCAAGGUAUCAAGGGGAGAAGAGUCAGCCCCUUGGAAGAAGCCACCAUGGAGGAAGAGUUGGGGAAGAACUCAGUGGGAUCAGUUCUGCCCCAAACAAUACCCCAGAGGUUCACUGAACAGCAACAGGACUCCUUAGAUUUAGAGGAGAUAUAUAGCAACAGUGAUGAAGAAGGAAGCCACUGGAUCAAUGAACGUGAGUGUCCUUGCUCACUAUCUCUUGCCACCUCUAGGUGGAAGUCCAAGAGCUUUCUCCACACCAGCAGCACCCACUCCGACAGCAGUGGCUUCAUGGAGGAACAGCUCCUUCCACCCCAGCCAUUUGCCAACUGAGAAGGUUCUUUAGGGAUUCUAAUCCCUAGCUGCGGGGACCUCAUUCCACCAGAUAUGAACAUACCAUGGCCCAAGUGCAAGCAGGAAGUAUCUGAACAGAGGUUCACUUCUCAGAUUCCACUCCUUGACUAAGACCUGAGGGAAAGUUGGAAGGACUGAUUAUAUCUCCAAGUCUCAUGCUCGAAUCUAAAUUUAGGGACUGGGGGAAUCAAUAAAGGAGUGGGAGAAGAGGAACUAAAGAAAUCUUACAGCUUCAUCCAUCAACUACAACUAGAAAAGUCUGCAAAGAAAUUGUGUGAAAGAAGAAGGGGACCAAUCCAGGAAUUCAUCUGCAGGACCCAAGUUCCAUUUGAUUCUACUCAUGUGGAUGUUCAAAUACUAUCCCUUUCUGUAAUCCCACUGUGGACACUCUGUACACAGGAAUGAUCCUAGGCAGAAAGAGAAUUAGCCCUAGAGGCCUUAGCCCAAGCUCAGUUCCUGCCUGAGAUUGUCUAGGCCAGAAACCCCUGAUGCCUAACACAGUCAUACCCAGGAGAACAUAGAAGAAGCACUCGUUCAAAGAUGAAGCUAUUCCCAACAUCAUGAUAAAAAUUCUUAACCACCAAUAAACCCUUCUAUGGUCUCUGUGCCUAGACCUUGGACAGCUCAAGAUUCCCAGGCAUACACAUGGCACCAGAUAAUUUGAGGACAUACAGGAAAAGCCACCCAGAGAAAAAGUGUAUCUAAAAAGGAUCACAACAUAUAUAUGUAUGCAUGUAUAUGUGUGUGUACAUAAAUACAUAUAUGUCUAUGUAUAUGUGUGUAUUUUUUACCACAGAGACCAGCAAUCUGACUGAGGGAGAUUUAAACUGAAAAGGGGCUUGGGUGAAGAUGGAGGCAGGAAGAGGGACUUUUCAUCUCUAAGCACCCAGAAACAAUAGAAUUCUGGUGCUGACCUGUUCUUCCAGAUGAGGUUUCACAUAGUUGGGGUGUUUGUUUUUAUCUCUUCU